AUGAAUCGUUCUCGACUCUUGUCGAUCUCUGGAACCGAAAAAUCUCGUCUGGCAAAUGGUCAUCCUUUCUCCGCUUUGGACGAUUUUUAUAAAGCGGCCUUAGAUGCCAUCUGGGCUGUGACCUUCCCAUUAGAUCUGAAGGACAGCGUCGUCAAUGCUCAACGAAAUCUCCUCAGUGGCACCGCGAGCAUCGAUACAUCAUCCACUGACAUCGACGAGCCCACUUCAUUUCCCGAAGCCCCAAUACCAGAUGCUCAAAAUUCUAUUCUAACGCUUACGGAAAGUUUGGAGUCUGUGAUGAUAUCACCAACGCCAAAAUUGACUUUUUGGCUCAUAAGCAAGUUGCCUUAUAUGCGCAAGGCAAGAGCAGCCAAAGAGACCAUGAUUGCUACUGAGCUUGAGAAAGCCAAGGCCAGGUUCUCUGAUAGAAAAGAAACGGCAAGAUGCGCCAUGGAUGAUAUCCUGCGUCGUGAGCUCAUUUCCGCGGAGAAAGAGGGUCGAGAACCCAACUACAACACGAGGACCAUAUCCGACGAGCUUUUUGGUCUGUUAAUUGCCGGUCACGAUACGACCUCGACGACGGCAACGUGGGGUCUCAAAUUGCUCUCUGAUAACCAGGGCGUACAAAAGAAACUUCGGGGAGCUAUUCGUGGCGGUUUCCCCACGGCUAUUGCAGAAUCUCGACGGCCAACAGCAGAGGAGAUUUCCAAAGCUCAUAUCCCAUACCUGGAUGCUACACAAGAGGAGAUCAUUCGGAAAUCAAUGACAGCCGGGGCAAUAACGCGCCAGGCGAUGGUGGAUACUGUCAUCCUCGGGCACCACAUCCCCAAAGGCACUAAUGUGUUCCUCAUGGGUAAUGGCCCCGAGUUUAUCGAACCUCCAAUCGGAGAGGUCCCAGAAGAUCGUCGCAGCAAAAGCUGUCGGGACGCGAAGGGACGUAUUAGCUCUUGGGAUCCAUCAGACUCGAAUCUAUUCAAGCCAGAGCGGUGGAUUACUAUCGAAGAUGGCAAAGAAACUUUCGACUCUACGUCCGGUCCACUUCUUACGUUUGGGCUAGGACCAAGAGGAUGCUUUGGACGACGCAUGGCAUAUCUCGAACUGAAGAUUGCCCUCGUGCUACUUUUGUGGAACUUUGAGCUGCAAAACGUACCGGUGUUAUUUGCGACUCUUGAGCUCCCCAUUGGAAUCAUCUUGAGCCUAAGGUAUAAUGAUAUUAUCUUCAUAUUUAUCCAUAUUUUCGCCAAGGCCUCGUCGUUGUCUUGA